UUGAGCCACCGGCCAUGGCCGACCGCGGAUGCCCUCUGGAGGCGGCGCCGCUGCCCGCCGAGGUGCUCGAGAGCCUGGCGGAGCUGGAGCUGGAGCUGUCCGAAGGUGACAUCACUCAGAAAGGGUACGAGAAGAAGAGGGCGAAGCUGCUGGCUCGCUACAUCCCCCUCACUCAAGGAGUAGACCCAUGUCUGCAGACAGAGAAUAGGAUUCCUGGGCCCUUGCUGACGGCAGCAACAGCUAAACAACAGAAAUCUCGGGCUACCAACUCAAGGGAUGAGCGCUUCCGGUCAGAUGUCCACACAGAAGCCGUGCAAGCAGCUUUGGCCAAGUACAAAGAGAGGAAGAUGCCCAUGCCUUCAAAGAGACGGUCCGCCCUCGUACACUCAUCCGUGGAAACCUACACGCCUCCAGACACGUCAUCUGCCUCAGAAGAUGAGGGCUCUUUACGGCGACCUGGGCGACUCACCUCCACUCUGCUCCAGAGCCAUUCCGGCAUCGAGCCCUGGCUCGACAGGGUCAUUCAGGGCUCGUCCACCUCAUCCUCUGCAUCCUCCACCUCAUCCCACCCGGGAGGGAGACCUGCUGCUGCUCCCAGUGCCUCCACUGCGCUUACAGGCCUCAUGGCCCACGCCCACAUAGAUCUGCACUCUGCCCCGCCGGAUGUUACCACCGGGCUUGUGGAGCACUCAGCCUACGAGCGCCCACAGAUGGCCUCUGUGCGAGGCAUUCCUCGAGGGCACGGCCGGAAUGUGCUGGAGACCGCAGACGGUGUGCCUGUGAACAGCAGAGUGUCCUCCAAGAUCCAGCAGCUGCUGAAUACCCUGAAGAGGCCAAAGCGCCCUCCUCUGAAGGAGUUCUUUGUGGAUGAUUUUGAGGAGUUACUGGAAGUUCAGCAACCAGAUCCGAAUCAGCCCAAGCCUGAGGGGGAUCAGAUGGCUGUUCUGAAGGGAGAGCCUCUGUCAGUGGGGACUUCUGGGCCGCUGUCUCUGUUGGCUGCACUGCAGCUCUGGGGCACAACACAGCCUAAAGCCCCCUGCCUGACUGCCUUGGAUACAGCGGGGAAAGCCACCUGCACCCUCACCUAUGGCAAGCUCUGGAGUCGGAGUUUAAAGUUAGCUUAUACUCUCCUUAAUAAACUGACCAGUAAGAAUGAGCCACUGCUUAACCCUGGAGACAGAGUGGCACUUGUGUUUCCAAAUAGUGACCCUGUAAUGUUCAUGGUUGCGUUUUACGGGUGUCUCCUGGCGGAGCUGGUCCCUGUCCCUAUAGAAGUACCACUAACGAGAAAGGAUGCAGGCAGCCAGCAGGUUGGGUUUCUCCUGGGCAGCUGUGGGGUGACCCUGGCCCUGACCACAGAUGCUUGUCAGAAGGGCCUGCCCAAGGCACCGACAGGAGAGGUGGCCACUUUCAAAGGUUGGCCUCCCCUCGCCUGGCUGGUGAUUGACGGGAAGCAUCUGACCAAGCCUCCAAAGGACUGGUACCCGCUGGCCCAGGACACAGGGUCCAGGACCGCCUACAUUGAAUAUAAAACCAGCAAAGAAGGCAGCACAGUAGGGGUCACUGUAUCCCAUUCGUCCCUGCUGGCGCAGUGUCAAGCCCUGACCCAGGCAUGUGGGUACACGGAAGCUGAAACGUUAACGAAUGUGCUGGACUUCAAAAGGGAUGCUGGUUUGUGGCACGGAGUCUUAACAAGUGUCAUGAACAGGAUGCACGUCGUCAGCAUCCCGUAUGCCCUGAUGAAGGUCAACCCCCUCUCCUGGAUUCAGAAAGUGUGUUCCUAUAAAGCCCGGGCCGCCCUGGUGAAGUCCCGAGAUAUGCACUGGUCGCUCUUGGCGCAGCGAGGUCAGAGGGAUGUCUGUCUCAGCUCCCUGCGCAUGUUGAUUGUGGCAGACGGCGCUAACCCAUGGUCAAUAUCUUCCUGUGAUGCCUUCCUCAACGUCUUCCAGUCCAGAGGUCUGAGGCCAGAGGUCAUUUGUCCUUGUGCCAGUUCUCCUGAGGCGCUGACAGUAGCCAUCCGCAGGCCCCCAGAUCUGGGAGGACCUCCUCCAAGAAAAGCUGUCCUGUCAAUGAACGGCCUGAGCUACGGUGUGAUCAGAGUCGACACUGAAGAGAAGCUUUCGGUCCUCACUGUUCAGGAUGUUGGCCAGGUGAUGCCCGGAGCUAGUGUGUGUGUUGUGAAGGUAGACGGUGCCCCUUAUCUCUGUAAAACUGAUGAAAUUGGAGAGAUCUGUGUCAACUCCAUGGCGACUGGGACAGCAUAUUACGGACUGCUUGGAAUCACAAAGAAUAUAUUUGAGACCGUCCCGGUCACUGCGGAUGGAGUCCCUGUCUCUGACCGGCCUUUCACCAGGACAGGCCUUCUGGGAUUUAUUGGGCCUGAUAACCUUGUCUUUGUUGUGGGCAAGCUGGACGGGCUGAUGGUUGUAGGAAUCCGCAGACACAAUGCAGAUGACAUUGUGGCUACGGCCCUGGCUGUGGAACCCAUGAAGUUUGUCUACAGAGGCAGGAUCGCCGUGUUCUCUGUGACUGUGCUGCACGAUGACCGGAUUGUCUUGGUGGCUGAACAGCGGCCUGACGCUUCGGAGGAAGACAGCUUCCAGUGGAUGAGCCGUGUGCUACAGGCCAUCGACAGCAUCCACCAGGUGGGUGUGUACUGUUUGGCCCUAGUUCCCGCCAACACCUUGCCCAAGGCUCCUCUUGGAGGGAUUCACAUUUCUGAAACAAAGCAGCGGUUUCUGGAAGGGACGCUACACCCAUGUAACGUGUUGAUGUGCCCUCACACGUGUGUUACCAACCUUCCCAAGCCUCGCCAGAAACAGCCAGAAGUUGGACCAGCCUCAAUGAUUGUUGGGAACCUGGUUGCUGGAAAAAGGAUUGCGCAGGCCUCUGGGAGAGAGCUGGCCCACCUGGAGGAUAGUGACCAGGCUCGAAAGUUCCUGUUCCUGGCAGACGUUCUGCAGUGGCGGGCUCACACCACUCCUGACCACCCGCUCUUCCUGCUGCUGAACGCCAAGGGCACAGUCACCAGCACUGCAACCUGUAUCCAGCUGCACAAAAGGGCUGAGAGAGUGGCUGCCGCUCUGAUGGAGAAGGGACGGCUAGAUGCUGGGGACCAUGUGGCUUUGGUGUAUCCUCCAGGGGUGGAUCUUAUCGCUGCAUUCUAUGGCUGCCUGUACUGUGGCUGUGUGCCUGUCACUGUGCGACCCCCACACCCCCAGAACCUUGGCACCACAUUGCCCACUGUGAAGAUGAUUGUAGAGGUCAGCAAAUCUGCAUGUGUCCUCAGCACACAGGCCAUUACACGGCUGCUCAAGUCCAAAGAGGCAGCUGCCGCUGUAGACGUCAGGACCUGGCCAACCAUCCUAGACACAGAUGACAUUCCAAAAAAGAAGGUCGCCAGCAUUUUCAGACCGCCCUCCCCUGAUGUGCUUGCGUACUUGGACUUCAGUGUGUCGACGACAGGGAUCUUAGCUGGAGUUAAGAUGUCACACGCAGCCACAAGUGCCUUGUGCCGCUCCAUAAAGCUUCAGUGUGAGCUGUACCCCUCACGGCAGAUUGCCAUCUGCCUGGACCCUUACUGUGGCCUGGGCUUUGCCCUGUGGUGUCUGUGCAGCGUGUACUCUGGACACCAGUCAGUGCUUGUCCCCCCGCUGGAGCUGGAGAGCAACGUGUCCCUCUGGCUGUCUGCCGUCAGCCAGUACAAGGCCCGCGUCACCUUCUGUUCCUACUCAGUGAUGGAGAUGUGUACCAAGGGCCUGGGUGCUCAGACAGGCGCCCUCAGGAUGAAGGGCGUAAACCUGUCGUGUGUACGCACAUGCAUGGUAGUGGCUGAGGAACGGCCCCGGAUCUCGUUAACACAGUCAUUUUCCAAGCUAUUCAAAGACCUGGGCCUCCCUGCACGUGCUGUGAGCACCACGUUUGGGUGCAGGGUCAAUGUGGCUAUCUGCCUCCAGGGCACAACAGGUCCAGAUCCCACGACUGUCUACGUGGACAUGCGGGCACUGCGCCAUGACAGAGUUCGUCUGGUGGAACGGGGUUCUCCACAUAGUCUACCGUUGAUGGAGUCUGGAAAGAUUCUCCCAGGAGUGAAGGUGAUUAUCGCACACACGGAGACCAAAGGGCCCCUGGGAGACUCACACCUGGGAGAGAUCUGGGUGAGCAGUCCCCACAAUGCCACUGGGUACUACACGGUCUAUGGCGAGGAGACACUUCACGCUGACCACUUCAGUGCCCGGCUGAGCUUCGGAGAUACCCAGACCAUUUGGGCAAGGACUGGCUACCUUGGCUUCCUUCGAAGGACAGAGCUGACUGAUGCCAGUGGAGAGCGACAUGAUGCACUGUAUGUCGUUGGGUCUCUGGAUGAAACGCUAGAGCUAAGAGGCAUGCGGUAUCACCCCAUCGACAUAGAGACCUCUGUGAUCCGUGCACACAGGAGCAUCGCCGAGUGUGCCGUCUUCACCUGGACCAACCUGCUGGUGGUGGUGGUGGAGCUGGAUGGUCUGGAGCAGGAUGCCUUGGACCUGGUGGCCCUGGUGACCAAUGUGGUGCUGGAGGAGCACUACCUUGUGGUGGGUGUGGUAGUCAUCGUGGAUCCCGGAGUGAUCCCCAUCAACUCUCGGGGCGAGAAGCAACGCAUGCACCUGCGAGAUGGCUUCCUGGCUGACCAGCUGGACCCCAUCUACGUGGCCUACAACAUGUGAGCCCAGCUGGACAGAGCUGGCUGUAGGAACCAGCGGAGGUGUGAGGCUAGGCUCGCUGCGGGGUUUCUGCCCCAGGGGAAGGGAUCUCAGGCUUCAUCUGCUCACAGCUGCGUGUGGUUGUCAGAUCCUCUCCACAGUGUCCUGAAUGUCACAUUAGAACAUUCUCCGAACCAGCUAAAGCAGUGUUUUGGAUCUGCCAAGUAUAUCUACCAAAACAUGGGUGACUGGGAAGGGAAGGAAAGGCCUGGCAUUACGCCGCGGACAUUGCUGAUGCCACGGCUGUUCUGCGCUAUACUGCAAGCUUGCACUUUUUUUAGGCUAAAAAAAUUAUUCCUGAUUUCUAAAUAUAUAAAUUUCCUGAUUAUUUAUUCCCACGUGUAAUAACAAGCAUAUAUAUGUAAAGUCUAUGCUGGAGAGAACUUUUGAGCCAAGCCUGCCUAGGAAGGCUGACGAGAAGAGCAGCCCCGGUCUCCACGCUCACAGCCCGGGCUCCACGCAGCCACGCAGCCACGCAUCCCCCUUUGUCCAGUCUGAUCACUGAAGCAGGUGUGCCUGCUUGUGUGUGUGUGUGUGUGUCACCAAUGCUCAGCAAGUGCCAUUUUGGACUGUUUAGUUAGAUCCUGUUUCAGAAAGAUAAACCAGCAUCUAAUUUAAACUCACUUUCCUAGCCUGUAACUUAGUGACGUUUCAACCGCAGGCUCUCACGACAUCACAGUAUUCAUCCUCCCAUGAAGCAUACGGAAUUCUUUUUAUGAACAGAUCUGGACGCAUGAGUGGAAGGUCUUCUCACCCAUGUGCUAGCCAGGCCUCUUACACAGCUGAGUCGCCGUGGGAGCCCAUCCGUCUAGGGAAGACAGAGCUGCAGCCUCUUGGCUUUGCAUUUGAGUUAUGUGCCUAUAAAACUUGGCCAAACCAUUUUUUAGUUAAUUUUAUCCAAACUUGAAAUCCUAGUGAUCUAAUAUUGUACUUAAGUCAGAAAAGAGAAUGUAAAAAUCUUUUAGAUACUUAAUAAGAGUUUGAAGUCAAGCAUGAAUCUAAGAUUAUUUUUAUAUAACUAAUCAAAGAUCAAUGUUAUCAAGUUGUUGGGGUUUAGGGACUUAGAAGGAUGGAGACGUUUAUGAAUCAUAUCUACUUCACAGAGACAGCUAGGUUUUUCUAGAGUUAGCCUGGACACGUGGUUUGGCGAGUCCAGCUGACUGGUUCUACUCUUGUAUCUCACGUCGGGAAGCACUACGUGGCGUAGCCCUGUUGCUCAUGGUAUCAAACUGUGGUCUAGUAUGUUCAAACAUACUGGAAGUGUAAUAAUCCUGUUAUAAUUAUGUACAGAACCCAUGUAACUUAUUACGUGACAUCAGAGUCUAGCGGCAGACUGAUAGGGUUCGCGGUUGACUGCUGAGAAGGGACCCGAAUUACCUAUCCGCCGUCUCAAUGUGGUCGUUUUUAUAGCGGACAGCGCCUGUAAACUUUUUGUAUUGAAAACUCAGUGGCGGUAAGAACAUAUCUGGUAAGAUAAGAUUUUAAGAAUCGUAUUAAAAAUGUUUUAAGGUUACUCUCUGGGAAUUCUGUAUAUCACACUAAUUUUUUAUAUCUUGUUAAUAAAAGCUAUUGACUUUGUAAUUCUGCA